AAUAAAAUUCUCUGCUUCGCUUUUGAGUGUGACGCAGGCUACGCUCGGUCUUGCAGAUUCUCAUCCCAUAAUCGGUUCUUUCUUCUAUUGACGGCGCAAUGGUUUACAUAACAUCGUGGGACGAAUUCGUUGAGCGAACCGUACAAUUGUUCCGUGCCAGUCCUGAAUCUACGCGGUAUUGCAUGAAGUACCGGCAUUGCGAUGGCAAAUUGGUUUUGAAGGUUACAGAUGACAAAGAGUGCCUCAAGUUCAAGACAGAUCAAGCACAGGAGGCGAAGAAGAUGGAGAAACUGAACAAUAUAUUCUUUACCUUGAUGGCUCGGGGACCUGAUGUGGACAUGUCAGAAAUUACAGGGAAAGAACAGAUGGAAGCACAGCCAACAAAGAAGGGAAGGGGAAGAAAGCAGUAGCUUGAUCUUCUUCUUGACACAUGGGGUUCUUGAACAACUAUUGUAGGAUCCUCUGAAUUUUAGAGAGAAAUCGUGACUUGUAUGAUUUAAGAAUGCUGAAAUUGUCAAUUUUUUUCGGAAAAUUUGAUGGUGUUUUAUGGAUUCCAUUGAAUGCAGAUUCACUCUGUAGAUUAUGA